AUGGCGAGUGAAGACAAACAAGUUGUUCAGCCAACAGGUGAUGAUGGAGGAGGAGCGGGAAGAGAAGGAAAUGCUGCUGAAGGGGGAAGUGUGCUGCAGCCUUUGAAUCCAGGAGUCCCCAUCCGAGGUAUCAAGAUGAAAUUUGCUGUGCUGACAGGACUGGUGGAAGUUGGUAAAGUGUCCAACAGAGAUAUAGUCGAAACUGUCUUUAAUCUGCUUGUUGGGGGCCGGUUUGACUUGGAAAUGAACUUUAUCAUCCAAGAAGGAGAGGGCAUCACCUGCAUGGUAGACUUGCUGGACAAGUGUGACAUCACCUGCCAGGCUGAGGUGUGGAGCAUGUUUACAGCAAUCUUGAAGAAAAGUAUACGCAAUCUACAAGCAUGCACAGAAGUGGGGCUCGUUGAACAAGUGCUCAAGAGGAUUGAUAGAGCUGACAACAUGAUUGCAGAUCUCUUAGUGGAUAUGCUGGGUGUGUUGGCUAGCUAUAACUUGACAGUUCGAGAGCUAAAGUUAUUCUUCAGCAAGCUUCAAGGAGAAAAAGGGAGAUGGCCACCACAUGCUGGGAAGUUAUUGUCUGUGUUAAAACACAUGCCUCAGAAGUAUGGACCUGAUGCCUUCUUCAACUUUCCAGGAAAAAGUGCUGCAGCUAUUGCCUUACCUCCUAUAGCCAAGUGGCCAUACCAGAAUGGGUUUACUUUCCACACUUGGCUAAGAAUGGAUCCUGUAAAUAAUAUCAAUGUGGAUAAGGAUAAGCCUUACUUAUAUUGUUUUCGAACAAACAAAGGACUUGGUUAUUCUGCUCACUUUGUUGGAGGCUGCUUGAUUGUAACGUCUAUAAAAUCAAAGGGAAAAGGUUUCCAGCACUGUGUAAAAUUUGAUUUCAAGCCACAAAAGUGGUAUAUGGUUACUAUAGUGCACAUCUACAACCGCUGGAAGAAUAGUGAACUUCGAUGUUACGUGAAUGGGGAACUGGCAUCUUAUGGAGAAAUAACAUGGUUUGUCAACACCAGUGAUACGUUUGACAAAUGUUUCCUGGGUUCUUCAGAAACAGCAGAUGCCAAUCGAGUGUUUUGUGGGCAAAUGACGUCCGUUUACCUUUUUAGUGAGGCUCUCAAUGCUGCUCAAAUCUUUGCCAUUUAUCAGCUUGGUCUGGGAUAUAAGGGAACAUUCAAAUUCAAGGCAGAAAGUGAUCUCUUCCUUGCUGAACAUCACAAAUUGUUAUUAUAUGAUGGCAAACUAUCCAGUGCUAUUGCUUUUAUGUACAAUCCAAGGGCUACAGAUGCACAGCUGUGUCUAGAGUCAUCCCCUAAGGAUAACCCUUCUAUUUUUGUUCAUUCACCACAUGCCCUCAUGCUGCAGGAUGUGAAAGCAGUCUUAACGCAUUCUAUCCAAAGUGCCCUGCACUCCAUUGGAGGCGUGCAGGUACUUUUCCCUCUCUUUGCACAGUUAGACUAUAGGCAAUAUUCAUCAGACCACAUUGACACGACUGUUUGUUCUACUUUAUUGGCUUUCAUCAUGGAGUUGUUGAAGAACUCCAUUGCUAUGCAAGAACAGAUGCUUUCCUGUAAGGGCUUCCUUGUGAUAGGAUAUAGCCUAGAAAAGUCUUCCAAAGCCCAUGUUACCCGAGCUGUACUAGAACUUUGCCUUGCCUUUUCGAAAUACCUGAGCAACUUACACAAUGGGGUGCCCUUGCUGAAGCAGCUGUGUGAUCAUGUUCUCCUUAAUCCUGCAAUAUGGAUUCAUAUCCCAGCACAGGUUCAGCUGAUCCUGUACACUUACCUGUCUACUGAGUUCAUUGGCACUGUUAACAUAUAUGGUGCAAUCCGGCGGGUUGGGACAGUUCUUUUGGUCAUGCAUACCCUGAAGUAUUAUUACUGGGUAGCGAAUCCUCAGGAUCGCAGUGGUAUAACUCCCAAGGGCAUAGACGGGCCACGGCCUACUCAAAAAGAGAUUUUAUCUCUGCGAGCAUUCCUGUUGAUGUUCAUUAAACAGCUAGUGAUGAAGGACUAUGGAAUAAAAGAAGAUGAAUUGCAGGCUAUCCUCAAUUAUCUGCUCACUAUACAUGAGGAUGACAAUCUAAUGGAUGUCUUGCAGUUGCUUGUUGCUCUGAUGUCAGAGCAUCCCAGUUCUAUGAUCCCUGCUUUUGAUCAGAGGAAUGGAUUACAGGUUGUCUACAAGCUUUUAGCAUCACAAAGUGAAGGCAUCAGGGUGCAGGCUCUAAAAGUGAUGGGAUAUUUCUUAAAGCAUCUCGCUCCAAAGAGAAAAGCUGAAGUCAUGCUUGGACAUGGAUUGUUCUCUUUGUUGGCUGAAAGGCUGAUGCUUCAGACAAGCUUAAUCACCAUGACCACAUACAAUGUCCUAUUUGAGAUUCUGACUGAACAGAUUUGCACUCAAGUGAUACAUAAACAACAUCCUGACCCAGAUUCAACAGUGAAGAUACAAAAUCCUCAGAUUUUGAAGGUUAUUGCAAUCCUGGUACGUAAUUCUCCACAGUGUCCAGAAACUCUGGAGGUUCGGCGAGCCUUUCUCUCAGAUAUGAUUAAACUUUUUAAUAACAGCAGAGAAAAUAGGAGGAGUUUGUUGCAGUGCUCCGUCUGGCAGGAGUGGAUGCUUUCCCUUUGCUGUUUUAAUCCGAAGACUUCUGAGGAACAGAAGAUAACUGAAAUGGUGUAUACCAUAUUUCGAAUUUUGCUCUACCAUGCAAUCAAAUAUGAGUGGGGUGGCUGGCGUGUUUGGGUGGAUACACUGUCGAUCACACAUUCAAAGGUAACUUUUGAAAUGCACAAAGAGAGUCUUUCUCAAAUGUACAGGGAGUACCAAGGGAAAGGAGGUGAAGGGAGUGGAAUAUGUUCUUCAACUCCAAUUAGAACAAUCUCUGGAGUUACCAAAGAAGCUGAAACCGAGGGAAAGCAACAAUGUUUGGACUUAAAAGAAGAUGCUACUGCUCCUUCCUGCAUUAUUGAUGAUAUGGAGUGCAGUACUGAAAAAAAAGAGACAAAUACCGUAUCAGAUGUUGAACAACAAACUCAUUCAGUGUCUAAGUAUAGGGAGGAGUUAGAGGGGGGAGACAGGGAGACUACAGAGGGUUUAAAAGCAGUGUCUUGUGCAGAAUUUUCUCCAGAACCAGAAGCAAUAAAGCCCAGUGUUUCAGAAAUUAGUACUGGAAUAGCUGAAGCAAUUGAAGAUUCUCUGAGCAAAGCUGACGAACUUGUGGAAGAAACAGUAGCUGUCACUACUGCUUCUUUAGCAAUGGAAACUACUUUGGAAAGAGAAACUCCUGAAAGUCCAGGAAGACUGGAAAAAUCAACAGUAGAGGUGGAAGAUGAAGAUGACUUUGUUGAUUUGAAAGAGGAAAGUAGUAUGUCUUUACCUUCAGAAGAGUUUGCAGAAACGAACAAGGAACGUAGCUGUAAUGAAAGCAAAGUGACAAAGCAGGAAAAAGCAGUAGAGAAGCAACCUGAAUCUGUGCUUUUAAAAUCCGAAGAUACUGAAGGUGUGGAUGGGAAAAAACAAGAACUGACUUCUUUACCGGAAACAGUGAGUUCUGCAGUUCAAGAAGUAGUGACUCAACCGGAUUCAGAAGGGAAAAAGAAGCUGGAGGAAGAAAAGAUUCUUUUUAGUGAAACCAAAACAGCUGAAGAAAAUGCAAAUGCACAUGUAUCAGAGCCUGCUGGAGCCUCUGACAAAAGAAUUGCCAAGCUUGAUGUUUCUAGUGUUGCAUCAGAUACAGAAAAACUGGAACUGAAAGCUAACACAUGUCUAGAAGCACCUCUUCCCCCCAGAUCCAUACCUGAGACCUCAAGGCAGCAAGAUUCUUCAGGACAAGAGCUAACUGCUACAUCAGAUGGGCAGAGAAGAGACUCUAGGUCAACUGUGUUCCGUAUUCCUGAGUUUAAGUGGUCACUGAUGCAUCAGCGCUUGCUCACAGACUUACUCUUUUCCAUAGAAACAGAUAUACAGAUGUGGAGAAGCCAUUCUACAAAAACUGUGAUGGACUUUGUGAAUAGCAGUGACAAUGUCAUAUUUGUGCACAACACAAUUCACCUCAUCUCUCAAGUGAUGGACAACAUGAUCAUGGCUUGUGGUGGUAUAUUGCCAUUGCUUUCUGCUGCCACAUCCGCUACUCAUGAAUUGGAGAAUAUUGAGCCAACUCAAGGACUUUCAGUAGAAGCAUCUUUAACAUUUCUACAGAGAUUAAUCAACCUUGUGGAUGUGCUAAUUUUUGCAAGCUCUCUUGGUUUCACUGAAAUUGAGUCUGAGAAAAAUAUGUCAUCAGGAGGAAUUCUGCGACAAUCUCUUCGUCUAG